AUGGACGACACGGCCACCAACGAGCAGCUCUGCCACCACGCGCCCGCGCCCGCGCACCGCCACCGGAGCGGCAGCAAGCGCACUCCGUCUGCGGCGGCGGCGGGCUGCGACGGCUGCCAGCCGGCAGGCAGCCGGCACACGCAGUACCGCGGUGUCCGGCGGCGUCCGUGGGGCCGUUUCGCGGCGGAGAUCCGCGACCCCAGCUCCAAGGCGCGGCGCUGGCUCGGCACCUUUGACACCGCGGAGCAGGCGGCCUGCGCCUACGACGUCGCCGCGCGCGUCUUCCGCGGCGCCAAGGCGCGCACCAACUUCCCCGUUGAGGCCUCCGCGGCCGCGGGGUACCUGCCGUGGGGCUCGGAGCCGCCGCCGCCGCCUCAGAACGCGGCCGCGUACCCGCUCAACACCAUCCUCCUGCACAACCUCCUCAUGAGCUCCUCCCCGCACGGCUGCCUCCUGCUCCACCACGCCGGCCAUGGCCACGCGCACGCGCACGCGCACGCCAAUGCCCAUCCUCCCGGGCAGCCGGACCCUACGGACGUGGUGCAGAGCGCCUUCCGUGGGAACCAGGGGCCGCGUGAGCGUGGCCACGCCGUCCGCGGCGCCUUGCCCGUACUGCCGAGGCAGCAGGAAGUGAGGCGCGAGGUGUUCGGCGGCGAGGACGAGGGCGAGUUCACGAUGUUGCCGCAGGGGCUUCUCCAGGACAUGAUCCAGUGCCCGGCGUUCCUGCAGCAGGUCGCGGCCGCGCCGGCCGCCAUGGGCCGCCGCCGCAGGGGGUGA